AUGAAUGACAAUUAUGUUAACAUCGUCGGAGAAGGAUCGGUCGGAGAUGCUGCAUUUACGGGAAUCCAUCAAUGGGUGCAAUCCGAGAACUGUUAUAGAGAAGCCGAUCCACCAGAGACGGUUACAGUUAUUCCCGUUCCUCAUCAUGGUGAAGUUCAAUUCGGUUCAUCAUCGACCAUUGAGGAGAACCCCGGUUUCGUGAACGAUGUAGUGCCAUUAGUAGUAAUUCCGGCAGGGUCAUUAGCAAAAAAUCCCGAUCCAAUAUACCCUGUAUAUUCUACUCCCGAGGAGUUGCCCUCAUCGUCUUUCGUACCAAACAUUUUUAACUAUGUGGAAAGCAGUUCGUAUACUUUGAGCCAUGUCGGUCAACUCGAUUUGACUUCCAAGUACUCGUCUAAAAUGGAGACUUCUUUCUCCGAUUCUUUUAAUCACAUAAACGAUAUGUCCGCGAAAAUCGAGUUUGAGCAUGUGAAAAAUGGUGAAUAUAUCCCCGGUUUUGUUGAAGAAGACGGCAUAAAGAAGACGAUUGAUGGUGGGAAUAAUAAUCCAGUAAAUUAUAACAUAAUUAAUUACGACGAUGCUGAUUUAUACGACAUAUUGAAUAGUUGCUCGAAUAUUCUUUCGAGCAAUGCGUCGGCUACGAACACUCGUAACUUGGAUAAGAAGAAUAACUCUCCAUCUACACAAGAAAACUUGAAUACCGGGUUUAGGGUUUCCGAUCAUGUGAAGGGGGAGUUAUCGGGAAUUCCAAAAUAUACGGCUAAUGCAGGGGGGUCGAAGAACGGUCCUUGUAACGAAGAUUCCGGAACCUUCUCUCGGAAUAGCUCCAUUUACGACUCGCGGGUCGAAAACGGCAGUAACUUGAACCAGAAUUACGGUUCUGCCACCGGGUAUUCGGAUACAUCACGUGAAACAAACGAAGCAAAGCGAAAGAGGCUUAAACCGUGUGAGAAUCCGAGGCCUAGGCCGAAAGACCGUCAAAUGAUCCAAGACCGUGUGAAGGAGUUGAGGGAGAUUGUGCCAAACGGCGAGAAGUAUAGCAUCGAUGCUCUGCUGGAACGAACAAUCAAACAUAUGCUUUUCUUGCAAAGCAUUGUGAAGCAUGCAGACGAGCUUACGAAAGACAAUGUUGGAGCAACAUGGGCGUACGAAGUACGAUCGCAAUCUACGGUCUGCCCUAUCGUAGUCGAGGAUCUUAAUCAGCCUCGUCAAAUGCUAAUCGAGAUGCUCUGUGAAGAAAGAGGAAUAUUUUUAGAAAUAGCAGACAUAAUUAGAGGACUCGGGUUAACUAUUUUAAAGGGGCUCAUCGAAACUCGAGACGACAAGAUUUGGGCACACUUUAUCGUCGAGGCUAAUCGGAACAUGACAAAGAUCGAAGUGUUUCUCUCACUACUUCACUUAUGCGAAAACGGUGUUCCGAAACCCAAUAACGUUAACAACGAGAACAUUGCGGUUGGAUUGUCGUAA